AUGAAGGCUGGCAACAGUGAUGACGUAAAUGAAGGUGAAGACGGUGUAGAUGGAGAGGAAGAAUACACAGAUGUGAAGGUGCAGGAAAGCAGCGAUGCCAGUGAACAGAGAGGCCGUGAUUGGAGUGGGCAGGAAGACAGCAGGGAUGGUGGGAAGGAAGGGGACCAUAGUGGCUUUGCUGCAAUUGAGGAAGAAAAGAAGGCAGUGUUAAAAGAGGAUGGCAAGGCUAGAAACAAGGAUGAAGAACAGGGCAGUGUAAAUGUGGAGAGAAGCAAGAACGAGGAUAGAAAAGUAGACGGUCAAGGUGACGUGGCAGCCAGUGGAAAAGAAGGCAGUGAUGGUGGCAAGGAAGAAAGCGGCAGUGGUGGAAUGGAAGACAGAGCAGACAGGCGAGAUGGUGGAAAUAAGCAAGGCAUCCUUUCAGUGGAUCGCAUAGACUGGGCUGUGGAGGAGCUGGAGAGAGGUUGCUCAGUGAUAGCUGAGCUGAUGGAGAGCUUGAGGCGUGUCUUUGUGGACAGCGUGAGCAAGACUUUCUACCCGGUGCCUGAGGAAGCCAUUGGGGUGGGCAGUGCUUUUGAGGGUUGGAGUCCCCGUGAGUGGGAUGGGGUGUACCGUGUGCUAGUCCCCCUGAACCCCCCGCCAGGGCACACCUUCUACUUAGAGCUGAACAGUGCAGGGCAGAUGGCAGCAAGGAGCUUCAGCGUCCGUGUGGAGCUGGUGUGCACGUGCCAGAGGGAGCAGCAGGGCGAGGAGCUGUUGUGCUUGCUGCACCACUCGCAGAAGAAGCUGCAGCGCAAGCCUGAGCGCAGCCUCCUCAAGACACUGUGCACCGGCUCCUACCUGGACGUGGAGAAAACCUGCCGCUGGUUCCACGGCUUGGUGAAAUCCUCGUGGCCGCACGUGCCUCAGUCAGGCUCCUGGCACUUGGCGAUCCAGCCCUGCAGCCGUUCCUGCCAAUUGCGGCUGAGCCAAGGCCAGAAGAGCCUGACGCUGGAGGUGUUCCUUGGGGUGCGCCAUGGGGACUCCGACAUCUUUGUGGUCAGCCAGACUGCAGAGGCCCAGGAAGGCGUCUCCAGGACCUUUGGGAGAAGCCGGCCCGCCGGGGCCGACUUCAUCCCAAGCACAGCGUGGCCCGAGACGUGCGCUGUGGCCGAGGUGAAAUUCUUCCGGCACAUUGCCAGGCAGGUGCCGUGUGAGCGCUUGGCCCUGAAAUGCCUGCAGGUCUUCACCUGCCUCCUCAGGGGCACAGGUUUCUCCAGCUCUGUCUGGAAGACUGUGGUCAUGCACGUGCUGACCACCGUCCUGCUGUCCCGGUGGCGCAGCAGUGAAUUUGCACGGCAGCUCUGGGCCAUCAUGGCAUACCUGGGCCGCUGCCUGCAGCUGAAACGCCUGGAGCCCUUUGUGCUGGGCAGCAAGAGGCUUCCUGCAGAGAUCAGCGUGCCGCCGGCAAUGCGAGGCCUUGAGCCGCUCAACCUCUUUGAGCACCUGGCCCGAGAUCCGGCCGCCCACAGAGAGGCCGUGCACGCCUAUGGUCAGCUGCGCUAUCGCCUCUGGGUGCUGCUCUCCAGCCACUGA